CGCACCUGUCGCCAUCGCACCCGUUCACCAUUCAGUACAUCUCCAACCGCCGUGAAUUUUGAACGCACCAUGGUCGCGCACCGUAACGAAAAACCGUCGUGAGUGCCUCUUAACGAAUUUUUCUUGUGAACUUUAUCAUGGAUCUCAUUUACUUUUGUGUUAUCACUGCUAUUCUGCAAGAGUCCGUAACAGCGUCAUGCAGUUAUCCGGGGUCUCCCGCUCACUCGCGCGUGACCUUCUCAGACGAAAACCUCGAAGAAGGCACUGUAGCCACCUAUGUAUGUGAACAGGGUUUCGAACUGCUCGGACCUUCCAGAAGAAUAUGUGACGCAGGCCACUGGAGUCCUGAUGGAAUCCCAUUUUGUGUUAUCAACGUCGCUGCCGGAAAAGCUCCUAUGCAAAUCUCCACAGACGAAGGCGGAGUGCCUCAAAAAGCCUUAGACGGCAGCACCGCAUUUGUCUAUAGCGCGGACACAUGCACCCUGACUAAGUGCGAGAGGGUCCCCUGGUGGUAUGUCAACCUUCUGGAGCCUUAUAUGGUCCAACUCGUGAGACUCGAUUUCGGAAAGCCCUGUUGUGGAGUGAACGAGAUGGCAACGAUAGUAGUACGAGUUGGCAAUAAUCGACCCGAUCUCGGAACAAACCCAGUCUGCAACCGGUACAUGGGUACCAUAAACGAAGGACAGCCGAUAUUUCUUCCAUGCAACCCUCCCAUGCCAGGCGCUUUUGUCAGUGUUCAUUUGGAAGCCAGCAUUCCGAGUCAGCUCUCAAUAUGCGAAGCUUUUGUUUACACGGAUCAAGCGUUGCCAAUAGAAAGAUGUCCCCAAUUUCGUGAUCAACCCCCCGGCAGUACUGCAACGUACAACGGCAAAUGCUAUAUAUUCUAUGAUCGGCAACCAUCCAACUUUCGAGAUGCACUCUCAUUUUGUCGGUCAAGAGGUGGCACAUUGGUGGAUGAAAGUAAUCCAGCACUACAGGGCUUCAUCAGCUGGGAACUUUGGAGAAGACACCGGAGCGAUAGCAGCAGUCAGUAUUGGAUUGGAGCCGUCCGCGACCCACAAGACCCAAGGAACUGGAAGUGGGUGAAUGGUAAUGAUGUGACGGUAUCCUUCUGGAACGAACCUGGAUCCAGUGAAGUCUGCGCUAGGUUCGAUGGCAGCAAGGGAUGGCUUUGGGUUGGAACCGACUGUCAAUCCACAUUGAACUUUAUCUGUCAACACCAGCCUCAGACAUGUGGUAGGCCGGAACAGCCACCAAACUCGACAAUGACUGCGGAACGCUUCGAAGUGGGAACUAGUGUUGAAUAUUCUUGUGACGAAGGGCACCUGCUGGUCGGGCCCACUGUCAGGUCAUGCUUAGAGACGGGAUUCUACGACGAGUUCCCACCGGUUUGUAAAAGAAUCGAUUGCGGAUUCCCCGCGGAAAUUGCGCAUGGUAGUUUCAAACUGAUCAACGUUUCGGUUUCGUACCUGUCGCAUGUACAAUACGAGUGUGAUUCCGGCUACGAGAUGGUGGGCCGAUCCCGACUCGUGUGCGACAUUGACGAACGGUGGAAUGGACCACCACCGCGCUGUGAUGUUGUACAAUGCGAAAAGCCACCGGUUAUUUCAAACGGACGCUUAGCCAUUUUAAGCAACGCGUCAGUGUUCGGCGCAUUUGCAGAAUAUGCAUGUUCCCAAGGCUAUCAAUUACAUGGAGCCCGCAAGAUUAAAUGCCUCGCUACUGGCCUCUGGGAUAAACCAGCUCCGCAUUGUUAUCCUGAGGAGCGAACAACAACGACAUCAACAACAACGACCACUACCACAAGCACAACUACAAGGCAGCCAAACACCUAUCCUAUCCCAACAACACACGCAACCACGACUCCGCGCUUGAUACUUCCCUCAAGAACUAGAACACAAAGACCAGUAUCGUCUCCUACCCUGACCGUAACUCCAGAUACACCAACGACUAGACGAACACGACCAAGGAUUACAACAACCGAACGCUCCACUACUAAGAGCUACGAAAAACCUCCGCUAAGAAAAAUCACAGUGGCGGAUUCCCAAGACUCGCCCACAAGUCAUAUUCCGCAUAUCAUCGUGGCGAGUCAUCCGACAGAAAACCAGAUCUUUGGCAGUGGAAAUAAUAUAAGAGCGGAGCAGACUCCCCGGGUGAAUGUCCCCCUGCCCGUGGACGGCGACAGACGGGAGACGGUGGGGGCCAGGCUAAACAUCGGCGCGGUGGUUGCUCUUGCGGCAUUUGGGGCUCUAGUUUUUCUAAUAGCAAUUAUCAUCACCAUCGUCAUCUUAGUCAGAAGCAGAAAACACAACGAUGGAAAGCGGUACAGGCACCACGUGCCCCCAGAUUGUAACACCGUCGCCUCACUCGACUCUUCCUCAUCAGAGUCACGGAGCGGCCUCAACAGGUAUUACAGGCAAGCGUGGGAAGAGCUGCAUGAGGCGACGGGAACUAAACACGGGCAUAGGAGACACGAGCGGGAAGCGCCUAAAGACGGCUCAGAGUUAGUUGUGUCUGAUGUGUACCCCGCGCCCCACAAUAGGGACAAAAGAAGGCAUCACCACCACCACCACCAUCGUGAGCCUAGAAAUCCCGACUGGCAACCAUCGCAUCGUCCCCACCACAACCACAAACCUAGAUAUUAAAUGAAAUAACUAUAGACUCCAAAUAUAUUUAUUAAGUAAAUUGAUUUUGCUUGUGCAUAAUGUGUGGCGCGGCCGCGCCUCUACUGUCAUAUUAAAUGUGUUAAACUAAAAAAUCUGACUCUAGGAAGAUAACGAAUACUCAAAUGAUUAUUAAAGUCUGUACCUAAUUGCAACAAAAUUUUACCUCAUGAUACUUUUAUAAGAAUGUCAGUUUCUUUAUUUCUUAUUGAACGUUUUAUAUGUUUAUACUAUUAUAAACAAGUUAUGUUAUAAGUUUUACAAGAAUCGAUAAAAUAUGAAGGAUUUCUAACUAACUUCUUAAAUGGUUAUCUUGCUCUUUAUUAAAUAUGAUUGAAUGAAUAAUUCUAUACUGCUGAGCAGAUUUUUCAAUCAAUAUGUAUAUAAUCUGAUAUUCUUUCAUUAAAAAUAAAUGAAUGUGGAAAAUCUCCGUUAAAGAUUAUUGUGCGACAGAGCAUCGCUAGAGUCUUUCUACCUGCUAAUAAGAUAUACUUGAAAGUAAAAAUAUCUAAAUGGGUACUAAUAAUUGAAAUGAUAUUCAUCGGUUGACCGUUUUCAUAAAAUCAAAAAAAUAUAAUAACUCGCAUAUGGCACCUACUAAUUAUUCACCGAUUGAAAAAUUGACUCGCAGGUAAUGAUAAAAUUUCAAAAGCUAAUCAAGGUCUAGAACAUUGAGACGAUUAAGUAGCCACCUUGCUGUUUAUUUUUUAAGCAUCUAGCUAAUUCUCUAUUAACAUGUAUAAAA